AUGGAAAAGCGCAAACGAAUCGAAACCCUAUUGCCGGAAGCUAUGAUUCAGCUGAUACAGUCUUUCUUAACUGAAGAAGAAUCUGCUCGAACCACUCUUAUCUCCAAAUCAUGGUACAACGCUUGGCUAACUCGUCCGGUGCUCGUGCUCAGAAAUCUCGAUCGGAGAUCAUCGGCGAUUAUGCGAAGGUAUCAAGACUCCAACUUGAAGAUCGAGAGUUUUAGUCUAAAAUUGCAGAGAUGUACAAGUAGAGGUGAACCUCUUGCCCACAGAUUGAUCGUGGAUGCCAUGAAAUUGGGAGCUACUGAUCUUAAUCUCGAAUUCAAACCUACCACAUUCGUUCUACCGCCGGAGGUGCUCGGAUCUGAAACCCUCCUCCGAUUAUCUGUAAGUGGGUGUGUAAUUAUUGAUGGAAACGUCAACUGCUCGAUGCUCAAAUCACUCAGCUUGGACAAUGUUGUUUUGAAAAGUGCUGAUAUGCUUAAAAGUAUAACUUCCUGCUGCAAUUCCAUCGAGGAGCUGUCACUUUCAAAUUCUUGUAUUUCUAAUCAUAGAAUACUAUUGAGUGGGAUGAAUGUGCAUCAGCUUCUUAUUCUUAAGCGUCAUAGAAUACUAUUGAGUGGGGAGAAUAUACACGAGCUUCAUAAGCUUAAGCGUUUGUAUCUUGAGACAGUGGCUGUCGAUAACUCCUUCUUCAACGACUUGGAAUCUCGGUUGCCUUGCUUGGAGGAUAUGAGCCUUGUUAGCUGCUACUGCACUGCAAUACGCGUCAAGAGCUCUUCACUCCAACGCAUAAGCAUUGUGCAGCGCGAUGCAUCAAAACUCGAGCUUGAAGUUCCAAAUCUUGCUGUGUUUAGCUAUUCAGGCGGGAGCCUACUACCGUGGUCCAUUUCUAUCAAAGCAAGGGAUGAAUGUGAGUCUCAUAUAUCAAUGGAGUGCGAUCACUUUCAGACCUCGUCAUGGUACCGAGGUUUGCACAAGAUGUUGACUCAGCUGAGUCCAUCAAGAAUCAAUCUCACUACAAAUAUGUCAGAGCCUUAUACAAAGAGGAUUGCUGGCGUGAAUGAUAUUCCUAUUGUAGGCAUACCUGUAGCAGUGGAGAAUUUGAGGAUUGAGACAAGAUAUGAUGCAGGUUUCUUUCUGCGUUGUCUAUUUCGUAUAUGUCGCCCCAAGUUGGUAACCCAUUGCUUGCUUGAUGAAAGUUGGAAAUACUUGCUCGAGCUCACUGGCAAGGGAGUAGUUGAAAAAGUGAAUGUGGAGCUUCACCCAUGGAAGGCAGUUUUCAUGGAUGGAAAAAUUGACUCGAGCCUUUUUGAUGAAUGA